CCGGGCUUGAUCUCGUACUCGUAAUAUUUCAACCCCGGCAAGAAAGACUCACGUCCCCACCUGCUCUUUGUCUAUUUACUCUUUGUUUCAACGAUUCCUUUGCGAGAUCAGAAAAUGUUGGGUAACUGUGAGAAGAUGGUAGUCAUCCCUCCAACUACAAACGAAUGGUCACAGAAUCAAAUAGAUGAUCGAAACGGCUUGAUGGCUUCUACGGGUAGGGUGAUGGAAAAACUAGUUCUAGACCAACCACAACAGCAGCAACAGCAGCAAGCCCUCAGGUGUCCUCGCUGCGAUUCAUCUAACACAAAGUUCUGUUACUACAAUAACUACAGCUUGUCUCAGCCUAGGCACUUCUGCAAGGCCUGCAAGCGGUACUGGACAAGAGGUGGUACCCUGAGAAACGUUCCUGUAGGCGGUGGGUGCAGGAAAAACAAGCGCGUGAAGAGGCCUGCAGCUUCUGCCACUGAUGGCACUUCUUCUUCAGCUCAUAGUGCAAAUCCAGAUCCUCCAUCUCAACCACACAUUGAUAUAUCUUCAACUACAACAAAUCAUAUCAAUCCUUUGUUUUAUGGGUUAGCCCGUAACCCUUCUGAUAUGAGUCUUCCAUUUUCCAGAUUCAAUCCCGGAGUUUCCAACGUGGAAACUGUUUCUGGUAAUUAUGAUCUCCAGCCCCAGCUGAGUGCUCUUGGACUAGGGUUUUCCUCUGGAAUUAUGUCUAAUGAUAUUGCUGGUGAGAAUCAUGAUUACCGAAAUGGGUUUAAUCGUGCUAAGAAAAUCCAAGAUGUGGUUACAUCAAACUCGCUCCUCUCAAGUUAUUCCAUCUUCGGCUCCUCAGCUUCUGCUACUACCACUACUCCAACCAUCGCUUCCCUGCUUGCCUCUAGCUUUCAGCAACAAAAUUUCGUCAAUGAUGGUAUCAAAGACACUCGCGCACCCAAUCAUUUCCAAAGCUCAGCGCCAUUUGGAGGCUUGCAAAUAGUGGGUAAUAAUGAAGCUCAUCAGAUUGCCAUGAGAGAAGUGAAAGUAGAAAACGGCCAACACAGGUUGAAUUGGAAUGGUUCUUGCCAGAACCAAAUGGAGCAAAUCAAUCUGUCGGAUCCUUCCUUUUACUGGAAUGCAACCAAUAUUGGUGGUUGGAAUGAUCCGGGAAACAUCGGGUCUUCCGUCACUUCUCUGAUCUAGCAUAACCAAAAAUCAUUUUCCAUUUGUCUCCCUCCUUUUUAGUCAUCUUAUCUGGGUCAUUGCUGGUUACUUAGGUUUCUGUUGAUUACUCCUGUUUUUUAGUGAAUUUUUAUGGUCACAGUGGAGCGGGUUUCAAAAGCAAAGUUUGAAAAAAAAAAAAAAGAAAAGGAAAAAAAAAGAAAAAGGAGCAAGAUAUUUCAUUGAAGCAAAGUUGAGAGGAGCUUGGAUCGGAGCGAUCAUGUCAGCAGCAAAAGAUCAGCCUGUUAGUUUUAUUAUCAAGGUUGAGUCGACUCACUAAUAUUUGCGCUGAGAGGAACCUCGGAUCCUGAUCUUCAUCUCAUCGACUUGGGUAUAACCAUCAUCGUCACAAUUACUUACGUACGCAGUACUAUGGAAGGUUAGUUUUAGUUGAAAAUAUUGAGGAUCCUUCGGAGAAGAAACUUCCGAGCUUAGAAAGUUCGACUUUAUUGUAUAUAUCAUGACCAUGUCUUUUUUUUUCCUACUAUCUAUUUGUUGCUAGAUGGGGUCGGGGGUAUAUGUUGCAGUCCUCAAUGAAGAUCAUCUGAGGAACUAAUUAUAUUUUUUUUCACUUAAUUUUAUCUUUUUUUUCCCUUCUUUGAAGUGUUUAUGGGGAAGGGUGGGUAUAAUAUGGUAUAGAAAGAGAGGGAGAUUUGUUGUUUCAAUGUGACCAGUUAGUGUAUGUGCUUGGUAUUGGUAUGUUGCUUUACAAUGUUGUUUUGAUGUUGUUUAUUUGGUAAGGAAGUACUGUUCUUUUGGUAAAGAAUGCUUAUAUUUUCAAGUGGAAACUAAUUAAGCAUUCCUAA